UCUGACUAUCAGAAGUUCAAAAAAAUGGCAGAUUUGUUUCUGCUACAAAUUCUCUCCAAGAGAAGAAACAUUGUAAUGAGUUUAAUAGGAGCUGCCUUCUGUGCUGUUUUGUACGAGUGGAUUAGUAUCAAGAUAUUGGGUACUUUUGGAAUACUGUAUAUUGCAUUCCACCUCAGUGAUUUAACGACCAAGUUUCUUUACAACAGCCUUCCAAAACAGUUGAUUGAAAACACAAAUGACAAAGCUGUUGUGAUCACUGGUUGUGACUCUGGAUUUGGUAAUGCACUUGCAAUCAAAUUAGACGGCAUUGGGUUCAAAGUAUACGCCGGUUGUCUUGACGUGCGCGGUGAAGGGCCUCAAGAACUCAAAACGAAAUGUUCUAAACGGCUAAGUCUAAUUCCACUAGAUGUCACGAAAAGUGAUCAGGUUUCCGCCGCAACUCACCUGGUUGCUUCUACUUUGGAAGAUCGAAAACUAUGGGCCGUAGUGAACAACGCUGGAGUUGCCUGCUCAUCUGAAAUAGAAUGGUGCCCGAUCAACAUAUUCGAAAACAUGCUGGAAGUUAACACGUUAGGAACUGUUCGAGUGACGAAAGCGUUUUUACCGCUGCUGAGAGAAUCUCAGGGUCGAGUAGUCUGUGUGGCUUCUAUGGCUGGACGAGUUACUGUUCCAGGUUUCACGCCUUAUUCCAUGUCAAAAUUCGCCGUUGUGGCAUUCGCCGACGGUCUUCGACGUGAAAUGCAGAAAUGGGGCAUCAGUGUUCACUGUAUUGAGCCCAGUAUCUAUUCGACCAACAUCUCUGUCGUGGAACCGUUGUAUAAGAGUCUGAAGAACUAUUGGGAUCAAUGUCCGGAUGAAGUUCAAUCCUCUUACGGAAACGAAUAUCUGGAACAUUUCAAAGAAUCCCUAAGUGCUCACAUGAAGCGAGCUAAACCUGUUGGUAAAAUUACCGAAGUAGUGGACGAUAUGUUGGAUGCUGUAGCUGGAGCAGAGCCUUUGUUGCGAUACGUACCAGCUAUGGAUGUUCAAUUUCGUUCUCGUGUCUUGAUUUCGAUGCCAAUUGAAAUGCAGGACCACGUCCUCAAUCAAUAUUCUCCAAAGAUUCCUCCGGCGGCCGUGGUUGCCAAGCGGAGCAUGUUGCCUCCUCUCAAGAGCCCGUACAGCGGACAGAAAAGGCCACCUCUCCAGCGUCACAUGUCCAUGCCCGCCAGGGAGAAGAAUUUACCGGAAACGCUUCAAGAACAGGAAGAGAAUGCGGAGCCUGCAUCAGCCUUCCAAUUCUCCUAAAUGGUUACCUUUUAUCACUGCUAGAUCAAUCCCUUAUUUUAGCUAAUUACCAAUUUAUUCCCAACAAUUACAUUUUUAACUCUAUGGACCAAUGGCAGUUGAAAUAUUAUACGCAACAUUUCAAUGUUA